CGUCCCAACCCCGCAUCACGCUGUCCGCACUGGUGUUUCUACACGUCGUCGAGGUGGUGCUCCUUACUAGCCCUGAUAGCUAGAAUUACUACUUGAGGUCCGGGCCUCGUCCAACAUAAGAGGCAGAGAGGAUGGACGUAACCUGAAGACCAUCAUCCAACGCCGAGUCCAGACCUCUCACAAUCUUUCAUCUUUCAGACCCCUAGCAAGAAGAGCACCGACCAAUCUCAAAAUGGGCAUCAAUCACAUCGUCUCGCUCUCCACAUUCCUCGCUCUUUUCGGCGGCUCCCACGCAGCCAACAUUGGUCGCCAGACCGGGCCGGGCCAGCUUGGACAAGAAUUUGACUUGCACGCCUGGGGGAACGGCAUACCUGGGCUUCCGGUGUUUUACGCCGACGCUAACACCCUGGACAACCUCGUGCCUGUUUCCUUCACCAUCGUCCCGCGCACUAAAGGAGCCGUCGACAAGGGCUACAGCUUCUCGGCGGCGCCGAACCGGGCGGCGCGCGUCACCAACAGCGCCGCACAAGCACCGCCAUUCAACAAGGCCACACUAUUCGUCGGCGGGCGCUUAGCGUCGGCGCAGCAGCACGCAGUGGGGUUCGUAGCCGACGGGGCGCGCGUGCCCGACGACGUGCGGACGGGCGGGUUCAAGCUCGACGCGCGCAGCUUCCGCGUCGUCGAGGACAGCGGGCUCGUGCACAUGUCGCUGUACUGCGCGUUCCCUUCUGCCGCUAUUCCGGGGUUGUGGGACCUGCGGUGGAACGUGUCCAACCAGACGCCCGAGACGAGCAGCGGCGUGCCCGUCUCGCUCAAGGCCACGCCGUAUCCUGCUAAUACCCCGCCGUCGCAUAACCUCGACACAGUGUGUCUGACGAUGCAGUAG